AUCUAGUGAAUUUCCAAUAAAUCGACUGGAAGUCGUGCACAGACGUGCUUCCGUAAACCCCGAACAGCUGACGAUGAGCGACUUAGUGCGGACGGAUCUGGCGGAGUAUGCUCCGGCAUCAAACCUCCUGUUUAAUGAACACAUCCGGGACUUGAUCCAGUCUGGACGGAACAUUUACCACUUCGCGUUCGGACAGUCCCCAUUCCCCGUGGUAGAAUCGGCUGUCCGGGCCCUGAAGGAUCACGCCGGGGAGAACGCCUACCUCCCAGUAGCAGGACUUAAACAACUUCGUCAAGCAAUAUGCGACUUCCACCAGAAAUAUGACGGGUUCAAUGAGGUGGACCCUGACGAUAUUAUCGUGGGCCCCGGGAGUAAGGAGCUCAUCUACCUCGUUAUGCAUGUAUUCAACGGAGAUGUUAUAGUGGUAUCGCCCUCGUGGACAACGUAUAAACCACAGGCCCGCUUAGCUCACCACACACCAUUCGUCAUGGAAACAGAUCUGGAUAGCGCCUGGAAAUUAACGCCAAAACUUAUCAAUGAGUUUGUGGAAAAGAAUAAGAUGAAGAAAAACCGUCUUCUUAUCCUAAAUAACCCGGAUAAUCCAACCGGUACAAGUUAUUCUGAAAAAGAGCUACAAGAUCUCAGUGGUGUACUUAGAAAACACAACAUCAUUGUUCUAUCAGACGAAAUUUACUCUCGGAUACGAUAUGACCAGAAGCACGUCUCUCUUGCAAAAUUUUACCCAGAAGGGACCAUCAUUAGUACUGGGUUAUCCAAAUGGGCGAGUGCAGGAGGAUGGAGGCUGGGCUACCACAUGUAUCCUAAACAACUGUCAGAUCUGAGGAAAGCUGUGAGGAGUGCUGCUAGCCACACCUACACUUCAGCCCCCUCCCCAGUACAAUACGCAGCCACAGAGAUGUUCCAGAACCUGGACCUUUGUGACGACUACAUCAAGCACUGCUCUCGGAUACUGGAUGCUGUGGGCUCUUACUGCUACUGGGAACUUACGUCAGUAGGAGUCAAGGCCGUAAAACCUACUGCUGGGUACUACAUAUUCCCUGACUUUGAGGUCAUCAAGGAAAAUCUCAGAAGAAGGGGUUAUAAAACCUGUGAGGAGAUGUGUGCUGUCAUGCUGGAUGAAUGUGGUGUAGCAGUAAUGGCUGGUGGUCCAGCCUUCCUGAGACCAGUGGAUGAGCUGACCACUCGUCUGUGUUACGUUCCGUUUGACGGAGGUAAAGCGCUGACCUACAGUCGUGACUUAGGACUCGAGACAGACUUACCAGAAAACUUUGUCAAAGACUACUGCACUCCAGUGUACAAUGGUAUCCAGGCUCUGAAAAACUGGGUAUUGGACCAGAAGAAAUACUAAAGGCUACUGAUGAUGGAGAGACUACUUAUAAUUACAAUCCUACAAGUGUUGUGUUGUAUUGUGAAUAUUGAAGACAUCCAGAAGUUGGGAGAUGAAGAUUCAGAGAUAAAUCUUCAUAUAUCUUUUAUCUAGAAUGUACAUAAACUUAGUUCUUUUUAAUGAAGCAUUUAUUCUAUUUUUCCAUGAAACUCUUGUAAAUGAAGAUUGUACACUUUCAUAAAACAUUAAAAAUCAUAUAGUUGAACUUUGGUGUCUCAAACAUCGAUAUCUCGAAUACUAUGGAUAUGUUGAAGUGAUUUAGAAGUCUCAAACACUUAUUCUUUCAGUAUUUUACCAUCAAGAUCUCAAAUAAUCAGAUAUCUCAAAAUUUUUUCUCAAUCCCAUCGAGUUCAAGAUAACAAGAUUUGACUGUAUAUGUUUGUCAAUAAAAAGAGAAAAAAAAACCCUGAAUGCUU